CCCACCCUUCCUCCUCCUCCUCCCGUCUCGGAAGCCACCAAACCCUAGCCGCGAGCCCUGACGUUGCGAGGAAGGGGAAGAGGAGAGAUCGAGAUCGGAGAGAUCCAUCCAUGGCGCUGCGAGCCCUGAUCAGCGAGAUCCGGGGGAUGAAGGUGCGGGAGGUGCCGGGGUACCUGAAGCCGCGGCUGAGCUGGGAGAACGUGAAGAAGAGCAGCGACCAGGCCGUCGACCGCUACAUCGACAAGUACAUCGAGACCAGCUCGCCGGAGCCGCUCUUCCACGUCAUCUACGGCCUCAUGGCCUUCUCCUACCUCAUCAACCUCCCCAAGGAGCGCCGCCACCUCGCCCACCUCGAGGAGCUCGAGAGGCAGGGCGCCGCCGGCGCCGCCCACCACUAGAUCCGAGGUCAGGACUUGGGGUUUGUCUGUGGUUGAUUCGAUCUAACAGAAUUUCUGUUCUUCCACCGAUGAGCUACCUGGAGUUGUGAUGAUGUUCGUUUGAUGGUUUAUUUUGUACGGAAAGUCAGCAAAAAACUUUCCAGUUUAUUGUUACAUUCCUAUGCAUCUUAUCAUAAGCAACUUCAAACUGGAAGUGCAUGCAUUGUGAUUAAAAACUUUUUCAGUUAAUUUGAGCACAGCUGCUUCGAUAUAUACUCUAAUGACAGCUUUGUCGGUCGUUUAAUGUAUUUCCCUGCCUUUCUCAUCUUAUAGGCAUAACAUUUGCAUCUGCUUUGUUUUGAUGCAGUUUGUAUGUCAUUAAUCACGUGGUGAUUUUGUGGCCUUUUCUUAA